AUGGAUGAUUCUAAAAUUUUUGUGGACUCGAGUGACGAUGAAUUCGACGAACUUGUAUUCGCCCAGCAGGUAAUGGUUCAUGCACUUUCAACGGCAGCAGCAGAAUCAGGGGAAAAACAUAGAGGAUCUCGUCCUGGAAAACGACCAAAUAUAAACAGGUUUGCGGAGGAAGGAGCUCGACGGCUAUUCGACGACUAUUUUGCAGAAGAACCAGUAUAUACGAGCGAACAGUUCCGAAGACGCUUUCGUAUGCGUAGGUAUUUGUUCUUGCGUAUUGCGAAAGCAUUGGAGCGGAACGAAUAUUUCAUCCAAAAGCCAGAUGCAACAGAUAUUUACAGUGGAAAAGCUCCUCCUGUGAAGUAUGUAAUUAACGGUCACAUCUACAACACAGGAUACUACCUAGCCGAUGGAAUUUAUCCACCAUUGUCCACGUUGGUUCAAACGAUUCCAUCACCCGUUGGCAAUAAACGAAAGCACUUCGCUGAAAUGCAGGAAUCCGCGAGAAAAGAUAUAGAACGCACGUUUGGAGUACUGACUAGUCGAUUUGAAAUUAUUAAAAACCCUGCCAGACUCUGGAAUAAGGAAGAGUUGGGAUCAAUCAUGCGCACUUGCAUUAUUCUCCACAAUAUGAUUAUUGAAGAUCAGCGAGAUUGUUCAACGCCAUUUGAUGGAGACACCUCGGCCAAUACCAAUCCUGUUCUAUCGACGGGUGAAGUAGUCUUUGGAGCAUUUCUAGCACGUUUCGAGAAAGUUCAUGAUACAUUUCUUCAUAACCAGCUACAAAACGACUUGACUGAACACCUUUGGAAACUGAAGGGAGAUGAGCAAUAA